AUGGCGGCAUACCGUCUGAGAUGCGAACUAAAAUGGAAGAAGGGAGCCCGGCAUACGAGGCUGCCGGAAGACGUUCUGCUGGAUCCGAUAUUUGAGAUGCGACAGGACAGAAUACCUACUAUUCGGGCUUCUGAUAGGCGCUUCAAAGUGCAUAUACCGAGGCCGGAGGAGUGGGAAAAGGAAGGUGGAAACUUAGGGGCUCGAGUGCGUAGAGGAAAUGUCUGGUAUACGGACGGCUCCAAGACGGACACGGGCUCCGGGGCCGGCUUCUUGGCAGUCGAGAGGGAUGGAAGGAGAGCAUUUCUCUCGACAGUUAUGCCACGGGUAGAAGCGGGAGAGCACAUCAGAAUUUGUACGGACAGCCAGGCAGCCAUCAAGGCGCUGGGGGCUCCGAUAAUAACGUCGCGAUUGGUUCGGGAGUGCAGGUGCGUUCUGAACGAACUGGCGAGAGAGAGAGAAGUUACCGUUACCUGGGUGCCGGGUCACUCGGGCAUUCAGGGUAAUGAAUGUGCGGACCAGCUGGCAAAGGCGGGUUCAGAAUUAACGAUGGCUAGAGCUUUGAUGGGAGAUACUCCUAAUAGAGAACUGACUUGGAGCAUAAGGGCUCUGAGUAGGAAAGAUGCCAGGACAGCGGUACACAUACUGACGGGUCAUGGCACCUUAAACUACCACAUGUACAAGCUUGGGCGUAGCGAUACAUCCAAGUGCAGGGCAUGUGGAGAUGACGAGGAAACAACCUUCAUGUGCUCAGCGACUGUCCUGCACAGGCAGGGUUGA